AUGGAGUUUGCGCGCAACACGUACGAUGCUGUGACAUCUAAGAAAGCACAACGAACCUUGGUCAACACGGUGCUCAUCGUCGCCAGCUCCACGAUACUCUUCGGGCUAGCUGCAAUUGCAUACCUGCUCUUCUACCACAAUUUCCUGCCUGACCAGGUCACUACAGUUCCAGUGCAUCUGCAAUAUGGCUACGAGCUCAACCCUUACGGCGUCGCCUCCCUUGCGGACAAGAAUUUGAAGGACCUGCAAGAUUAUGAUAUAACCGUGACCUUGAACCUCCCUCGGUCUCGCCCAAAUCUCGACCGAGGCAACUUCAUGAUCGCCUUACACCUCCUGGAAGCCGCACCGAGUAAGAUUGCUGCAGCUAUAACCCAGCCCAACCCACCGGGCCCAUCCAGCGCAUUUGAAGGGAAGACGGUGCUCUAUACUUCUACACGUCCGGCGAUACUGCCCUACACAGACCCUCUCGUGUCACUUGCCUCGCGCCUGCUCUUUCUCGCCUACCACAUCGUCUUCCCGGCCUCGGAAAAGGUGACAUUGGUUGUUCCCAUGGUGGAGAAGCUACGGUUCAGAGAGGGCGGCAUGAUGCCGACAUCUCUUGCACUGGACAUCCAAGCUGGCCAGUCGCUACAGGUGUACUCCGUCAGCGUCACUAUCACGGCGCAGCUCUACGGGCUGCGGUGGAUCAUGCACAAGUACUGGAUCACGUCGUUCUUCGUCUUCACCACGCUGUUCUGGCUGUGCGAGAUGGGCUUCAUGAUCGCGGGCUGGGUGGCGCUGAGCAUGCUGUUCGCGGGGCCGUCCGAGCAGGAGAAGCUCAAGAUCGAGCCCGACCGAACGGGCGGCGGCGGCGCCGUGGUCAAGACGGAAGGGAACAGCAAGUCCGGCACGGACGAGGACGUGCCCAUGACGUUCCCCACCUCGAGCCGGCAGCCGCCAUUGCGCUACGAGCCCUCGGUCAAGGAAGAGCCGGGGGCGGAGAGCAGUGAGCUGGCGAACAUAGCGCCUGCUGGCGGCGAGGCCGACGACGAAGACGAUGAGGAGGACGAGCAGGGCCGUUGGCGGGGGGACUCGGGCAUUGGGACGAGCUACAGUGAUAGGGACGGAAGCAGCCUUAGAAGACGGUCAUCUCGAGGCAGGUCAUCAUAA